AUGCGUUACACCCUUGCCAACGGUCUUGCGCUUCUGGCGAUGUCGCCGCUGGCUGCCCUCGCUCUCCCCGUUGACCCGAGCAACCAGCCCGGAGUCUGGGACCCCAACGGCCAGUACCAGAAGGGCCACUACGAGAAUGGCCGCUUUAUUCCCAACAACCAAGGCCAGAACUGGCAGGGUGUGAACGAAUGGGGCAACAACAACAACGGCUGGCGCCCAGACAACACCCGUCCGGCCAACCCCCAGAACACCCCGUAUGGCUACAACAACGGCCAGAACCAGUGGCAGAACAACCAGUGGAACGGUGAUGCCCAGAACCGCCAGAAUGACGGCCAGUGGACUCGCCGCUCCUCGGUCGACCAGCCCAUGGACCGCGAGGGUGUCCGCAACGGCAACGGCAACGGCAAUAUGCCGGGUGUGUCUGGCCUCCACGCCCGCAACUGGCCCUGGGAUAACCAAAACCAAAACCAGAACAAUGGACAGGGCUGGACUGAUGCCCAGGGUCGCUGGCACCAGGGUAACAACCAGAACAACGGACAGGGCUGGACUGAUGCCCAGGGUCACUGGCAUCAGGGUAACAACCAGAACGGACAGGGAUGGCGCGACGCCAACGGUGUCUGGCACCAGAACCAGAAGCGCACCUUUGACCCCAUCCUCGGUGACGCCGGCUUGAACCGCGACGGAGACCGCAACUUCGGCACCCCGACUGUUCCUCGCUUCUGGCCUUUCACCAACGGCGACCGUGACCAGCACCACAACGGCAACGACUGGAAGAACGACCAGUACAACCGUGACGGCUACAACAACGGUAACGGCUACAACAACGGCAAUGGCUACAACCGUGAUGGAUACAACGGUAACGGCUACAACCGCGCCACUCCCACUCCUCGCGUUUAA